AUGUCGUUCCAAAGCUCGUCGCUUUGCUCCGCCCCUCCAAGUCACGCAACGUUCCUAUCUCCGUGCAAUCUGCUGCCCUUCAGGUCUUGGGCAACGUCGCCUGCGGCGACGAUCGCCAGACACAGGUCGUCAUUGACAGUAACGCCCUCCCGUGUCUGCGCGCUUUGCUGUCGUCGGCCGAUCGCGGCAUCCGCAAGGAGGUAUGCUGGAUUGUCUCCAACAUUACAGAAUCUUCGCAUCAGGUACAGGAUGUGUUAG